UCAUUUUUGGAACUCAGUAUUUCACGAGAACUCCAAGCGGACAGACCAACAGGUUCAGGUUGUCCCGAACGAUCCGCCGAGAAGAACCGGAGAAGAGAAUCCCCUUCCAGUGGUCAGUCCGAGUUGGUACGGGUAGAAUCGUCGUUGCACAACCCUUGAACCAAUUUGCAUAAAUUUUGUAACAUCGUGCACCAGGAAGUUUGUCCAAACGGAUUUUGCGAAAUCCGUCCAGCGUCGAAACGGAUAAAGUGUCUCUGAAAUUGUGGAGUGUGCGCCGGAAGAGAAUGUGAUUGCACGUUAACACGAUCUUCCGGGAUGUGCUGUCGAAAAAUGAUGAUACAUUAUGAAAACAAGUGAUGAAAUUCGGCACACUGCAAGAAGAUUCGUUGGGUUUAGUGAAAUUUGGUGUGUGAAGCAAGAAAAGUUAAGAAAUUGUCGAAUAACGAGCAGAAAUCGUUUGGAUUGGCAAAGUAGUAGAAGGUGUCUGUGAAAUUUGGUGAAAAAGCCUAAAGGAUAACACGGCAGGCUACUUAGGUGAAAAAAACUGGCGAAUAUUUGCGUCGCUCACGCGGUGAUUCCUCCUAUGCGAUGAUGAAACGGUCGAAAAGUGUUGGAAACUGUUUGAACUUUGGAUAACGACCCCGGUAGAAGAUAGUGUGUGCUACCUCGGGGAAGAGAUAAGCCUGUACCGUUAAAGUAGAGUAGAGUAUGAAGUUUUUAUUCACAGUGCGCCCGAAAAUACGUAAAAUUUAAGGAGAGCACAAAUUUGGAAAAAUACGAUGCGUAAAAAACAAAAGCAACUGCCGGGGGUGUCCGACCUUACCGUAAUCGUACUGCUAGCUAGGUUAGUGAUAGUGUUAGGUCAAACAACAUGCAACAACGGCCAGGGCCGGGUUCUCUACGAAAGACUGCCAAACCAACAGCUGCAGGGCUUCGAUGACGAUGUGGUCCGGGACUCGGCGCCUCCAUUCCGGGUGCUCGAAAAGUGCCAGGAUCUCUGUCUGCGAGACCGUACGGCGUCCACCAAUCUGGGACGGGCUUGCACGAGCUUCGACUUUCAGCCGGGAAGUCGCAUUGCUUCGUUCAGCGGCAGCGCCGAGUACGAGGAGUCCACGUGCUACCUAACCCGCGAGCAGGCCGCUCCGGAAGGAAUCGGCAAUCUGAUGCUGGUGCCGAACAGUGUUCACUUUACGGAGGUUUGCCUGUCGUCGAGCAGACCCGACCGUGAGUGUCCCAGCCGCCGGUACGUGUUCGAGCGCCACCCCAGAAAGAAACUCAAGCUGCCCGUGUCCGACAUCAAGGAGGUGACGGCCGCCAACCGUUCCGACUGCGAGGACAAGUGCCUGAACGAGUUCUCGUUCGUGUGCCGGUCCGCGAACUACGACUCCACGCUACGCAGCUGCUCGAUGAGUCGCUUCACGCGCCGCACCCAUCCGGAACUGCUGGAGGACGAUCCAAACUCGGACUACCUGGAGAAUACCUGCCUGAACGCGGAACGACGCUGCGAUGGGCUCGUGGUGUACGUCAAGGAGGAGAACAAACGCCUCGGUGGACCGUUCGAGGUGGAGAUUUUCAACAACAUGACGCUGGAAGAGUGUCAGUCGCUUUGCUUGAGGGCGGAAAAGUACUUCUGCCGCUCGAUCGAGUUUGACGAUCAAACGAAACAGUGCAUACUCUCGGAGGAGGAUUCCGUCUCUCAAAAAGAUGAUCUCAGCAUUAGCUCUAGUCCGACUCACCACUUUUACGAUCUCGUUUGUCUGGAUAACCAGCGCGGAUCCGACUAUCCGGACAAUUCCGUAACAUCGCAUUUGUUCGCUAGCGGCAGACGUCCGGAUACUGCCUUUCAGAGGUAUCGAAACUCUAGAUUAGGUGGAGAGUUCCAUUCAGAAAUUACUGGCAGGUCGUUGAGUGAGUGUCUGGACGAGUGCCUCCGACAGACCAGCUUCCAGUGCCGCUCGGCAGUGUAUAGCGAUCGCUUUCGAACGUGCCGUCUCAGUCGAUACAACCAACGGGAUGGAAUGCGCAUUAUCUACGAUGCAGACUAUGAUUACUAUGAGAACUUAAUGCCACAUUUAGUCGGCGGAGGUGGCGGCGCAGGAGGUGGUGGAGGAGGCGGUGGAGGUGGAGACUCGGAUCCCGGAAGCAACGGCAGGCCCGAUCCCACCGACUGGAGACCUCCUUAUCCAGAUCGUGAUCGUAUUCCAGAUGGUAUUCCUGGAAGGUAUCCCACAGGAGGAUCACGACCAGAUUACGGAAUCGGUGAACCUUAUCCGGGUGGUUUCCCAACAGACCGAUACCCCGGACCAACGGAUCGAUAUCCCCAAGGUCAUAGCACAGAUCGGUACCCUUCGGACUACGAUGGUAGAUAUCCUCCGGUAUACGACAAUCGCUUCCCGGGGGAUCGUUACGGACCUACUGAUCGGUAUCCGGAUCGAGAACCAGAUGUAUAUCCCGGUGGUCAUCCUAUGCGUUAUCCACCUCCAGACUCCAGAUAUCCUACUGACCCACGAUUCCCUCCUACUCCCGACACUCGAUACCCACAGGAUCGCUACCCAAGCGAUCCUCGGUACCCUCCAGACAAUCGUUACCCUCCCGAACGGUACCCAGCAGAUCGCUAUCCACCAGACAAUCGUUAUCCACCACAAGUACCCACACCUGACUCACGCUAUCCUCAACGUCCAUACCCGAGUGCUCCCCACCAUCCAGAUUCCCGCUAUCCUGCACCAACGUCAGGAUCGCGUUACCCUCCUGCACCAGCCUAUCCCGACUAUCAACCCGGAUAUCCUCCUCCUCCCAGAACACCCCCAAAUCGUGGUGGCUACACCACAGACCGGUACCCACCACCACUGAUGCCGAUCGAUAACAAUCGUUAUCCAGCACCCGAAACUCGAUACCCAAUGGAACCCGUUUCAGCACAAGGUCGCUAUCCGACAUCACCGAAUGUGUCACCAUUCCACAAGUACAUGAACCGCCGUCCGGGUUACGAUCCGUACAUGCCGGCCUACGGCCCGGAGCGUGGAUACGUAGACGACCGGUACGGUCCGUACUACCCACCUUCGGGAGCUGGUCGCGUUCCGCCAAUGCCACUGCCUGCCUUCCCAGAUCGGGAUCGCGGCUAUCGGCGUCCGGGAAUGCACGAGCAGGGACCUCCGACCUACCCAUUCGAGAUCCCGUACGGCCCCUCCAGCUCGGGAUACGAUAACACGCUCGGCGGCGGAGAUGGAUUCGGUGGGUUCGGACCACAAAGACCGUACGAAACGCGCUGCGAUGGUUCGGACAGCUUCAAGCAGAUGGCGUCGAAGCGUAAGAUGCGAAAGCAGUACAUCCGGCAGUCGGUGAAUGCUGCGUCGCUGGGAUUGUGCCAACAGUACUGCGUUUCGGCUAGGGAGUUUAUGUGCCGCAGUUUCAACUAUCGGGACUCGGCUCCGUAUGAGACCGAUGGUAACUGUGAGUUGAGCGAUCGAGACUCGAGGGAUUUGGACAUUCCAAGCAGCCAGAUGUUUGAGCAGGAUAACUCGGACUAUUACGAGCGAUCCUCUGGAAGAGCGGGUGGUCACGAUGAGUGUUUAGAUGUUGGACAGGUUUGUAACGAGGAUGGCAUGGAGUUUACUUUGCGUACGCCGGAAGGAUUCAUUGGCAGAAUAUACUCGUACGGGUUCUACGAUCGUUGCUUCUUCCGAGGUAACGGUGGAACGGUGAACGUUUUAAGAAUCAGCGGCCCACAGGGUUAUCCGGAGUGUGGAACUCAACGGUAUGGAGAUACAAUGACAAACAUAAUCGUGGUACAGUUCUCGGACAAUGUACAGACAGGCCGGGACAAACGAUUCAACCUGACGUGUAUGUUCCGAGGACCGGGUGAAGCAGUGGUGACUUCUGGCUACAUCGGAGCAGGAUCUGGCAGUCCGAUACCGAUCGAGUAUCUUCCGGCGGAGAACUCGAUGAGCAACAAGGUGCGCUUGAUGAUCCUGUAUCAGAACCGACCAACGACUACCAUUGCGGUGGGUGAUCCGCUGACGUUCCGACUGGAGUCCCAGGACGGGUACAGUCAUGCGACGGACAUUUUCGCUACGAACGUGGUCGCGCGAGAUCCGUACUCCGGUAGGAGCGUACAGCUGAUCGAUAACUACGGAUGUCCAGUUGAUAGUUUGGUGUUCCCCGAGUUGGGUCGAUCAAGGGAAAGUGAUGCUCUGGAGGCCAGAUUCAACGCGUUUAAGAUUCCCGAGUCGAACUUCUUGGUGUUUGAGGCAACGGUUCGCACAUGUAGAGGCGGAUGUCAACCGGCUUACUGUCCAGGACCAAGCGGACGCUCGGAGCCUUCAUUUGGCCGUCGGAAGAGGUCGGUCGAGGAGAAUGCUACCGAAUUUGAUGGAACGGCUGAGCCUCUGAUUGGAAGUGACAUAGACGAUGAAGAUGAGGUCUCCGUGGUGAACGGAACGGUCAUUAACGAGACGAAACCGAACAAAAAUGCUUCCAAAGAUAAGGAUGAUGCCGAGGUGGGAGAUCUGGAGGCAAACGCCAGCGAGAUGCCGGAGCAAGUCCGGGAGAUGAUUGAGGUCUUCCAGUCACGCGAGGAAAUGCAACAGGACACCGUGGCGCGCAAGAUGGUCGCUCCCCAGGAAGCGGUUUGUCUGACCCAUUCGGAGUAUUACGGUCUGUUGAGUGCGCUUAUCCUGCUCAUGAUCCUGCUGAUCAGUAUCACGUUUGCAUCGGGCUUGGCGUACCGACGUUAUUGGAAGGUGUUUCUGAAAAAUCGUUCCCUGGACCGAACCUCGCCUGUGAACUCUUUCAGUCCGUCGGCGCUGCACCAGGUCACCGGAAGUCAGUUCCAUGCGUCGGGUAGAACCAAUUCCACCUCGUCACGGGGCGACGGAAACAUCCGGGCACCUGGACUGUCGUUGUUCGGGAAUGGACUGCAGAAGACCUUUGCCACCGGCAACCUUUCGCGGAUGUGCCAAAUUCCGGUGAUGAACCCAAUCUCCCGGAACAAUGGCGGCAAAAACGACUUUGACGACCCGAGUGAACCCAUCUAUACCGACCCAUCGCUAUUCGAACGAUCCAGAUCGCUGCGCAGCAUCGCUGUCGACCAAUCCGAUGCCAACAAUGUUUGAACAUUUUGAUUGUGUAAGCCAAGUGAACAUGAAACAGAGAGAAAAUAGAUUUUAGUUGAAAGCAUUUGUAGUAUUCUAUGAGCUAAUCCCUAGCUUUUAAGAUGUAUUUGAUGAGCGCUGAUGUCUCUGAUGAUAGUUUAACGUUUAAGAUUUUUAAGCAAAACAAUAAAAUCAAAUAAACAGGAAAAAUAGUUUAAAAUAAAAACAACAAUAAAUACUAGUAAAGAGCUCAUACUUGUAGGUACUGUGAUGGCUAUUGAUAGGAAAGGAUCAGAUUUUGUGGUUGGACAAGGAUCAUCAUUUUGAAUCCUCAAACAUGAAUGUGAAUACACUUAAACUUGACUAGGAACUCUAGAGUACGGUCAAAUACACAAACAUACAGUCUUUAUACCAAAGAACUACAAUUCUAGCUCUCACUUUUGGUAUCUGUAUAGUCGUCGAAUCUCUUCUUAAUUUAUUCGUGAUAGCUUAAGUAAACUAGCCCCGCUGACGUAACAAGUAAGGUAUGAACAUCAAACUAAGAAAGGAUGUAUGUAUUAAGGAGACCAUAAUGUACGAAUCAUUAGACUAAAUUAGAUUUACAAUCAUAAGCAACAGUCAAUGAGAAGCACUUCGAGAAGCCAACACACAGACUUUUCCAGGUGUUUCGUAUCUCUUUGCAGCUCGUCCUUAGGAGUGAUUACAUUAUAUUCAUGAAAUAAAUUUAAUAUGCAUCAAAUUGAA